AAGGGAAGAAGGCACAAACAACACAAAGGCUGCGAGAAACGACGGGGAGAAGGCGUGCGUGGUGCGAAAGAGACCCAAACGCGGUUCCCGUCGCCUCCUCCGCCAAUUUCUCCGAUUAAACUAAAAGAUAAAUAAAUCAGCUCGAGAUCUACCACCGGAUCUUCCCUCACACUAGAAAAAAAAUGGAGACGGAAAACCAGAAGAAGUCGUCGUCGGUGUCUGAUGUGGGAGCCUGGGCUAUGAAUGUGGUCAGCUCCGUCGGAAUUAUAAUGGCCAACAAGCAGCUCAUGUCCUCCUCCGGCUAUGCUUUUACCUUUGCGACGACUUUGACCGGGUUCCAUUUUGCGGUAACGGCGCUGGUAGGACUGGUCUCCAACGCUACUGGUUUAUCUACGUCCAAGCAUGUUCCUCUGUGGGAGCUUCUAUGGUUCUCUAUUGUUGCCAAUAUGUCCAUCACUGGGAUGAAUUUCAGCCUUAUGCUCAACUCUGUUGGUUUCUACCAAAUCUCAAAGCUUAGCAUGAUUCCUGUGGUUUGUGUGAUGGAAUGGAUCCUUCACAACAAGCACUACUCAAGGGAAGUCAGAUUGUCUGUUAUAGUUGUGGUCAUAGGAGUCGGCAUUUGCACUGUGACUGAUGUCAAAGUUAAUGCCAAAGGUUUUAUAUGUGCCUGUGUAGCAGUUUUGUCUACAUCGUUGCAGCAAAUUACAAUAGGUUCUUUGCAGAAGAAGUACUCAAUUGGAUCCUUUGAGUUGUUGAGUAAGACAGCCCCAAUUCAAGCCAUUUCUCUCCUUAUUUUUGGUCCAUUUGUGGAUUACUUUCUUAGUGGAAAUUUUAUAACAAGCUACAAGAUGACCUCUGGUGCCAUUUUAUUUGUUCUUCUUUCAUGCUCCCUAGCUGUGUUCUGCAACAUCAGCCAGUACCUCUGCAUUGGGCGAUUUUCAGCAACAUCCUUUCAGGUUUUAGGUCACAUGAAAACAGUAUGCGUUCUCACUUUGGGGUGGCUGCUCUUUGAUUCUGCACUGACCUUUAAGAAUAUUAUGGGGAUGAUUCUGGCUGUGGUUGGCAUGGUAAUAUAUAGUUGGGCCGUGGAGAUUGAGAAGCAGAAGCAGGCUAAUGCCAAGGCCUUACCAUCAACGAAGAAUAGCCUGACGGAAGAGGAAAUUAAACUUCUAAAGGAGGGAGUAGAAAACAUUCCAGUCAAGGAUGUUGAACUUGGUGAGUCUAGAGUGUAGGUAGAUUGAUUGAGGGAAAUACGAGGUAGUUUCAUUGGGUUCCAGUUAUUCAUUUGUUGUUGUUUUUGCCAUAAAUUAAUGUGCUAGCAAAACUCUAUUUCCAUAUGCUGAUUACCCACACAUAUUCAUUUCAGAAGUUUUUUUUUCUUUUUUCUUUUUUUUUUUUUUGUUUUUGUUUUUUUUUUUUUAUUUCCAUUCUUAUAUUAUUUUAUGUGCAUGGGGAUUAUAAGUAAAAGAAAUUAUGAUGG